AUGGCGUCCGCCGUCUUCUUCCUCGACCUCAAGGGCAAGACCCUCCUGGCCCGCAACUACCGUGGUGACAUCCCCAUGUCUGCCGUUGAAAAGUUCCCGGUGCUGCUGAGCGAGGCCGAAGAGGAGUCGUCCGCCGUGCCUCCGUGUUUCUCCCACGAAGGCAUCAACUACCUCUACAUCCGCCACAACAACCUCUACCUCCUCGCCCUCACCAAACGCAACACCAAUGCUGCCGAGAUCCUGCUGUUCUUGCACAAGAUUGUCGACGUCUUCACCGAGUACUUCAAGGCGCUCGAGGAGGAGUCGAUUCGCGACAACUUUGUCAUCAUCUACGAGCUGCUCGACGAGAUGAUGGACUUUGGCUACCCGCAGACCACCGAGAGCAAGAUUUUGCAAGAGUACAUUACACAAGAGUCCCACAAGCUCGAGAUCCAGGCCCGUCCGCCCAUUGCCGUCACCAACGCCGUCUCCUGGCGCUCCGAGGGCAUCCGCUACCGCAAAAACGAGGUCUUCCUCGACGUCAUCGAGUCGCUCAACCUGCUGGUGUCGGCCAACGGCAACGUGCUGCGCUCCGAGAUCCUGGGGUCCAUCAAGAUGAAGUGCUACCUGUCGGGCAUGCCCGAGCUGCGCCUGGGCCUCAACGACAAGGUCAUGUUCGAGACGACCGGCCGCACGACGCGCGGCAAGGCCAUUGAGAUGGAGGACGUCAAGUUCCACCAGUGCGUGCGGCUGUCGCGCUUCGAGAACGACCGCACCAUUUCCUUUAUCCCACCGGACGGCGAGUUCGAGCUCAUGUCCUACCGCCUCAACACCCAGGUCAAGCCGCUCAUCUGGGUCGAGUGCGUCGUCGAGUCGCACAGCGGCAGCCGCAUCGAGUACAUGCUCAAGGCCAAGGCGCAGUUCAAGCGGAGGAGCACCGCCAACAACGUCGAAAUCAUCGUGCCCGUCCCCGACGACGCCGACUCCCCGCGCUUCCGCACCAACAUUGGCACCGUCCACUACGCGCCCGAGCAGAGCGCCAUCGUCUGGAAGAUCAAACAGUUUGGAGGCAACAAGGAGUUUCUGAUGCGCGCCGAGCUGGGCCUGCCGAGUGUGCGUGGUGACGACGAGCACGGUGGCGGCAUGACGGGCGGCUUUGGCGGCAGCAUGGGCGGCGUGGGUGCACCAGGCAAGGGCGCCAAGCGGCCGAUCCAGGUCAAGUUUGAGAUUCCGUAUUUCACUACCAGUGGAAUCCAGGUCCGCUACUUGAAGAUUACAGAACCAAAGUCGGGUGACAUAGCCGUCCGGUUACCAGAUGUGGCAUAG